UUCUUUUUCCAAUUGUAUAAUAACUCCAAGGGAUUGUAGGUUUUUCUACCAAUUCGGUCCCUCCCUUCACCACCCUCAUGUGGAUGGUUGCCUACAGGGUUCACGGGCACACUUAAAACCUGUAACAUGAACUCUACCUGUGUAACCCAUUCAUCCAUACAAGUCAAACAAGUUCUAGGAUUUUAUAGCAUUAUAACAUAUUAACUCACAUGUAUAGCUUUUUAAAGCAAAAUAACAUGUAUGCAAAAAGAAAAAUAAUUAUAAAACAACAGAGACUUUUAAUGCUAUGUAAUUUUUUUUUGAACGGUCAACAGAAUCAAUCCCUAGCACUCCCGGGGUACCCACUGGACCAAACGGAGUACUCCGAGAGUAACCCAAGUCUACCACCAAUUCCUGAGAAAGCCCGGUAACUCACCCGCCCGUAGGCACGAUAGUGAAAUUACCGGUAAAACCCGUUUGGCUCAAGGAUCGAACCCAGGUUUUCCUGGGUCUCCUAUCAUUGCCCACCAAUGCCUCACUCUGCACCAAGUGGGUGGGAGUUGAACUUGCAUCUCUCAAGAGAAAUGCAAGCUUUCCACCACUUGAUCUAGAGAUCAUUGGCAGUUUAAUGCUAUGUAAUAUUGUAACGUUUCCUUGGUAUUGUCAUAUAGCUAGGAUUAAGCAAUCAGUUGCUCCGGUUUGAUACCAGACGGUUUUUAAAAGGAUCCGCAAACUAAAUUGUUCAGUUUGGUUUGAAGGAAAAAGCCGUCACGUUUCAAAAAAAGGUUGACGACAAAACUGAAAAGGAGAAAGCCAUCGACGCCUGGCUUCCGAUCACCUCAUCCAGAAACGCAAAAUGGUGGUACUCUGCCUUCCACAACGUCACCGCGAUGGUUGGAGCCGGUGUUCUCAGUCUCCCGUAUGCAAUGUCGGAACUCGGAUGGGGUCCCGGUGUUACGGUUUUAAUAAUAUCAUGGGUUAUAACGCUAUACACGUUAUGGCAAAUGGUCGAGAUGCACGAAAUUGUACCCGGGAAACGAUUUGACAGGUACCACGAGCUCGGGCAGCAAGCGUUCGGGGAAAAACUCGGUCUUUAUAUCGUUGUUCCGCAACAGUUGAUUGUAGAAGUUAGUCUAAACAUUGUUUAUAUGGUCACUGGAGGACUAUCAUUGCAGAAAUUUCAUGAUUUAGUUUGCGACGAAAAUUGCAAAGACAUCAAACUUACAUACUUUAUUAUGAUCUUUGCUUCUGUGCAUUUUGUUCUAUCACAUCUCCCAAAUUUCAAUUCGAUCUCGGGAAUCUCGUUGGCCGCAGCCGUCAUGUCUCUCAGUUACUCCACUAUUGCAUGGUCGGCCGCCAUAAAAAAGGGUGUACAACCAGACGUACAAUACGGGUACAAACCUAAGAGCACAGCCGGCACCGUGUUCAACUUCUUUAGUGCACUGGGUGAUGUGGCAUUUGCGUACGCGGGUCACAACGUGGUGUUGGAAAUCCAAGCCACAAUACCAUCAACUCCGGAAAAGCCGUCAAAGGGUCCCAUGUGGAAAGGUGUGACCGUUGCGUAUAUAGUCGUUGCAUUAUGCUAUUUCCCGGUUGCUCUUAUUGGCUACUGGAUGUACGGAAACGCAGUUUCGGACAAUAUUCUUAUUAGUCUAAAUAAGCCAACGUGGCUAAUCGCCAUGGCUAAUCUGUUCGUUGUGGUUCACAUUAUCGGUAGUUACCAGGUCUAUGCAAUGCCGGUCUUCGACAUGAUUGAAACACUGUUGGUGAAGAAGUUGAAGUUUACCCCUAGUUUCAUGCUUCGGUUUAUCACGAGGAAUAUAUAUGUUGCAUUAACGAUGUUCGUAGGCAUUUGCUUCCCAUUCUUCAGUGGACUACUUGCAUUUUUUGGAGGUUUUGCAUUCGCGCCGACAACAUACUUUUUGCCUUGCGUAAUGUGGCUGUCCAUAGUUAAACCGACAAAGUGGAGCUUGUCUUGGUUUACUAAUUGGAUCUGUAGAGUUGCUUUGAUGAUUGUUUCACCUAUUGGUGGGUUAAGAUCAAUCAUUGUUCAAGCCAAAAACUAUGAGUUUUUCUCAUAAGUGUCGAGCCGUGCAUUCAUGUGUAGGAUUUAGCCUGAAUAUAAGUUAAAUGGCUCAUCGCCUGUGUGUCUGUAUGGUGUGUUAUCUGUCCCUGGUAUACGUUUUCACCAAUAAAUUGUUUAGUAGCUUACUAAGAAUAUUUUAGUACCCUAUGUUUUUCCAUUGUUUUUUUAGUAGCUAUGUGCCCAUAUAUCUUUUACUUGGCUCAUGAUGAUAUUAAAAGCUAUUCGGGAAUUGCAGUCGAAAAGAGGGUUCAUAAGGAAGUAAAGUGGCGCCAAAGAAAUUACCAGCAGAAACUUCAGCCUUGUUAUCUAUAUAUAUUUUUUUUAUGUUCGAAGUUAUUGUGUGUGCAUACAUUUAUGAAUAUUUGAACUUGUAUUUGUAGAAUUGAAUUGUACCCCAAAGUUUGUAUUUGCUACUUAUAACCUUUAAAAGUAAAAA